GGAAUGGAGCGAACAGAGCACGAAGGCUUUGGUGGGGGCAACACGGCCUGGGAGGAGGAGAAGCUGGCCAAGUACAAGCACAGUGAGACGCGGCUGCUGGAGGUGCUGGAGAGCGUGUGCCCCCCCCAGGACUUCGCCUGCCACCAGCUGCUGGAGCGCAGCGAGGAGCACGUGGAGCAGUGGUGGUUCCAUGAGCGGCAGCAGCACCCCGACUUCUUCCAGUGGCUGUGCAUGGAGCGCCUGGCGCUGUGCUGCCCGCCCGGCACCUACGGCCCCGACUGCCUGCCCUGUGCCGGUGGCCCCCAGCAGCCCUGCAGCGGCAACGGGCGCUGCGAUGGAGAAGGGACGCGUGGUGGCACCGGGCUGUGCGUCUGCAGCCCCGGCUAUGGUGGUCCCUUCUGCGCCGAGUGCGGCGAUGGCUACUACGAGGCAUCGCGCAACCAGAGCCAGCUGUUGUGUGCUGAGUGCUACCCAGCCUGCGGGCGCUGCACGGGGCCGGAGGACUCCAGCUGCCUGCGCUGCAAGAGGGGCUGGGUGCUGCACGAGCACCGCUGCAUCGAUAUUGAUGAGUGCGGCACGGAGAUGGCACACUGCAGGGCUAACCAGUUUUGCGUCAACACCGAGGGCUCCUACGAGUGCCGAGACUGCUCCACCGCCUGCAUCGGCUGCAUGGGCGCAGGGCCGGCGCGCUGCAAGAAGUGCAACAAGGGCUACCGGCGGGACGGGGCCAAGUGCCUGGACGUGGACGAGUGCACCAGCAGCGAGGAGCCCAUCUGCACGGGGCUGCAGGAGGUGUGCGAGAACACGGAGGGCGGCUAUCGCUGCGUCUGUGCCCCGGGCCACGUGCGCAGGGAUGGGCAGUGCGUGGAGGACAAACCCCCCGACGCCCCGGAGAAGGGUUUCUUUGAUGACGUGACGGACGAUGAGGUGGUGGUGCUGCAGCAGAUGUUUUUCGGGGUGAUGAUCUGCGCCCUGGCCACGCUGGCUGCCAAGGGAGACAUGGUGUUCACCGCCAUCUUCAUCGGCGCCGUGGCUGCCAUGGCCGGUUACUGGCUGUCUGACCGCAGUGACCGCGUCCUGGAUGGUUUCAUGAAGGGCAGAUAGCUGCGGGUGGGGGGCUGUGCGUGGGGCCCUGCAUGUGCCCCCCCCACUGGUAAGAGUACGGACCCUCUCCUCCCCCCCUUGUCCUAUGCAGAAGUUGGGUCCUGCAGACGCGGCGCUGCUGGGGGGGCACAGCAUGCUGCCCCCCACCUCUCGCGUGUUGGGGCGCUCUGCCGUGGGGACUGGGAUCCCCCCUCCUAGCACAGCACUAAGGAUAGGGAGAGGAGAUAGGGGGGCAGGGUCCCCCCACCCCGAACUGAGCUCCCCAUCCCCAAACCCCCCUCCUUGUGUUCCCAGGGCAGAGCCCUUGUGCCCCCCAGCCCCUGUGUCCCCAGAUGGGGUGAGUGUGGAUGGGGGGGCUAGGGGGUGGCAGUGGCCCCCAGCCCCACGCUGCUCCUUGGGGGGGCCCUCUGGAUGCAUGCACGUGGCCGAUGCAUUCGUCCGUGGUCUGUCCGUCCGUCAAGGUGUGCUCAUAUCUGUGUGUGUAUCUCAGGAAUUAAAGCUCUGCACACCCA